AUGGAAACACGCUUUUGCCUUGUAGCCUGUCUUUGCCUCCUCCCACCCCUCGGUUGUGCGCUUGCCGACGGGCGUGAAACCGACGCGACCGCCCUGACGGACGGCAUGAAGAGGCGCUUAUUCUCCAACCCAGCCAAGGGCAUGACAACAUGUCGCCAUGGCGACAUGGCGACAUUGUAUUUAGGGCUCAGCUGGGCGUGUGGUUGCGCUUACGACAGCGCGGCUCUCAAGUUUGAGGCGACCCGGUCUGUUGAUCCCAUCGGACGAGUGUGA